ACUUUCGUAUCCGUUCUUCGUUUUAUCCCGCUGGGAAUAAUCGUUAGGAAUCUUCGCCCCGAGUGGAGUUUCGUGUCGGAGUCCGAAAUGCCCCUCGCGAUCAUCGAGAAAUGAGUCGGAAUUUUUUUUUUUUUUAACGGGGCCGCCGUAUCGUCGCCGGGGAAAAAUCGCCUCCUGAGAACGUACGUCCGCAUGAAUUUCACCUUAUCGCUAUAUCGCCGAGAAUAAAACGGCGACGAAUUAGUGCGGCGAAGAAGCUCGAGGCAAAAGUCGAGCAAUCAACAGGUCGCUGAUAUCGAAGCCAGAGCGACAAAGAGUAAAAUGGAGCUUUUGAUGUACGGGACGCGUCGAGGUGAAGACAAAAAAAAAAAAGGACGAAGCCCCCGGAGCUUCCAUCGGAUCGUCGACUGAUUUUUCGCGGUGACGAUCACGAGACGCUUAGGCCGGAUGAAGACCGAAAGCGUAUAAUAAAAAAAACACGGGGAGAGCAAUCGAAUGUUUAUUUAUUCGUGCAUCAGUCGUCCUUGACAUUGUUCGUGAAGUUUUAUCUGCGCCUGAUAUCGCCUGCGCUGUACAAAUAACGAGCGACUGCAAAUUGUGAUAUUUUCCAAUCGGACGAAACGACGAUUUCAACGACAUCGCGGCGGUGAAUUUAGCGAUAGCUCGCGAUAGUUGACCGGACAAAAUUUAGGGAUAUGCGGGGAAUGUCUGGAAAAGCAGUUUAGUAAUGGAUGAUUUAAUUAGCUCGAACUGAAUGCGGAAUCGUCGGUAAUUCUCCCCGCGAUCUGCAUACCCGCCAUUGAGGCUGACUAUAAUUAUUGAACACAAUACGCUGCUGUCUAGCGCAUUUAUUCGCUAUACGCUACCAACUUUUACCAUUGGGAUGCCUCGGUUUCUCGAAAUGCACGCGGAUGGCUGGGACUAUAAAACAUCCGCGGAAGAAUACCGAACAAUGGUUGGGACACGCCGAAACUUUUUGGGAGUUCGUAUCAAAAUAUAAAGCGCUAACGUCGCAGAUAUAACUUGUUUGGAGUUCAGUUAGGGUCCACUAAACUAUUGGCCUAAUUUACUUUUGAAGAGACUCCGUUUUGUCCACCGGCUCGCGAAUCAUACCGUCGAGUCGGGCGAUGCUGGUGAAUGAAUCUUCAAAAUUAUAGAAAUUAAGAAUUGAGAAAAUUGUGAGCUUGCGAAACGAUGACGCAAACAGAAACUCAUGAGAUUGCGUGGGAAAUAGUGGCGCACUUGUCUAAACCUAGAAAAUUAUACGAAUAAUUUAUUCUCACCUUUUUUUUUUCGGGAGAUUUUGAACGAAAAUAACGUUAGCGGAAAUGGGAUUUACGUCGUCGUUAGAUUGUUCGUUAGUCGGUGGAGAAAACAGCUGCUUUUAUGCCCUAGUUGAUAGCGGAAGCUUUAACGAGGAACCUUUGUCUCCGGUAAUAAGUUUAUAAUAAGUUCAACCCGGCCGGCUAGCUAUAGUCGUAGAAGGCUAAUAUCAUGGUUUUCAUAAGACAUGGGAUACUGUAAAUGGAGAGCCUGAACAAAGUGCGCUACGCGUUGUUGCGAGAAAAUAAAAAUAAUUUAGUGGGCUCUUCGGUCGUCCGUAAUGCACGGUUGGAUAUUAACGAGUUGUUGCGAUAGCAGGAGAUACCGCGGUUAGCUUUCCUUACGGUAAUUGAGUUACAUAAAUUACCAGCGUUUUACUGCACAAAAAACGUAUGAUCAACGAGCGAUCGCAUUAUUUAUUUUAAUACAACGCGCGCGCUCGUCUUUGACGAUGAUUUAUUAAUUGUAUUUUAUAAUUUCACUUAACGUUCUAACGGGUUACCUUCUCCACCGCUGAAAUUCAAUGGAAGUUUCUUUCCCGGUUACAACUUGCAUAUUUCGCGAGUCUGCGUUCUUAGUCUCGUAAGAAGCAGAGCUUUCAUCUUAUCAGUGCCCAAGUAAAUAGCCGCCCACAGCGUCGAUAUAAAACAGACAGAGUUCCAGCUAGCUAGCGACUCCAUCGUAAUGGUUCACCUGCCAAAAGUACCAAAACUCGCGACAGCGACUGCUUUAUGGCCACAAUGGCUAUGCGGAACAGGAGCGGCCAUGGCGAUGAUCGUCAUGGGUUUGAUGCAGGGCUGGUCAUCGCCGGUCCUCGCGCGACUCCUUGGACCGGAUUCUCCGUUGCCGAUAACCGAAACCGAGGCAUCUUGGGUGGCGUCGCUGAUGAACAUCGGUAGACUUCUCGGUGGAAUCGCAGCGCCCUUCAGCGUCGAGUAUUUCGGUGGCAAACGGACGCUUUUUUUAAUCGGAUUCCCGACAGCCGUGGGAUGGAUCUGUUGUGCGGUCGCCGACCACGUAGCCUGGCUUUACGUCGCGCGUAUAUUGUGCGGAGCUGGUAUGGGAGCUACGUUGGGUGCGUUUCCGCUUUACGUGGGCGAGAUUUCCGACCCCUGCAUAAGGGGUGCACUGGUGACGUUAGUGAUGAACGGUGGUCCGUUCGGUGGACUACUCGGAACAUUGAUGGGAACUUAUUUGACGAUGAGAACGUUCGCGAUUAUCAGUCUGGUGCCGACGACGAUAUUCGUCGUGGUUUACGCGCUGGUACCGGAAUCGCCUCACCAUCUAUUCAGAAUCGGGAAGACCGCCGAGGCAGAGUUGGCAUUCCAAUGGUAUCACCGGAGAGCGGGAACGAAGGAAAUGGAGGCCCUGAAACAGUUUGUCUCCACAUCGAGCACCCCCUCCUUCCGUCAGACACUCCGUGAAUUUUGCAUACCGAGAUACAGAAAGGCGGGUAUAAUCAUCUUGGUUCUGUUCAUGUUCAUGCACAUCAGCGGCGUGAACAGUUUCAUAGUCUACAUGGAGAUCAUACUGACGAGAGCGAAAGUCACAUCGAUCGCUCCGUCAUCGGUGGUGGUCAUCGGAGGAGCCGCGUCGAUCGUUAUAGGAUGGGUGGCGAUCUACACGAUCGAAAGAUGCGGCCGAAAGCUUCUCCUUAUCAUUUCUAGCGCCGGAACUAGCACCGCUAUGAUCAUGUUGGGCGUACACUUCACCCUGAUUCAGCGGGAUCCGGACAUUGCACCGAGAGACUGGUUACCCAUCAGCUCGGUGGGUUCGCUUUCAUUUCCACCAAGUCGUAUCAGCCGAUGGUCGACGCCAUGGGUGAAAAUUACGUGUUUUGGACGUACGCUGGUAUAGCCAUACUCGCGAUCCCGUUCACCAUUUUUUGCCUACCGGAAACCCAGGGAAAAACGCUACAGGAGAUUCAAGAAAUAUUGAGAAAGGGCGAGAAGGAAACGAAAACUGAAAACGGGGAUCAGGGGAUCUCGUAGUUUCAACGGAAUCAGAUGUGAUUCGGGGAUAAUGAAGAAGCAUUUACGCGUUUUUAAUUAGAUGAUGAUACGUAGGUUUCUAUGACGUAAAAUGAAUAAGAAUAGGUUUGGAGUAAGGUCACGACAAAAGUGACAUUUCCUAGUCAAUAUUUGAACACUUGAGAUAAUGCUAGGCAUAAGGAAAGACGUACUUGUAACGCUCUAUGACUCGUGACUGUAUAAUUAUUCAUAAUGAAGAAAUACAAGAGCGAUUAAUAUUU